AUGUCGAAAUUUUAUCUACACGAUACGAUCAGAGUCGGAGAGCUAUCCCAGAACCAGGUCCUCGAUCUCACAGCCCAUCUCGACUCCAUGAAAAUCGAGAACCAUCUGCGAAGACAAAUAAACCAAGAUAUCCAGCGACUAAGAGAUACAGGCACAUACAGAGGAAGACGGCAUGCCAUGAACCUGCCUGUCCGUGGUCAAAACACACGAAGUCAGAUCAAGAAUGCCCGGUUCUUCAACAGGGUGGAAAGGCAUUAA